GUUCAGAAUCUGUUUACAGUUUGCGGGGAGAAAAGAGUUUGGUGAAAGUUGUAUGGUAUUGUGUUUGUUGCUGCAUCAGGUUAAAUGUCCCAGAUCCCCGUCCCCGGGCAGACGCCGGCGGCCGCUGCCGCCGCCGUCCGGGGGAAGAAGCGGCCCGGCAGCCCGGCGGUGACUGCCGCUCCGCAGAGCAGCAGCGGGGGCAAGAAGAAGAAAGCCCCGCUGGUGGCGCCCACAACACAGUCCCAGGUGCCAGCGGAGACGGUGGCUGACGUGAAGCCGGUGGGAUCAGCAGACAGCGGUCUAAACCCCACAGAGCCCACUGCGAAGCCUCCACCUUUCAAAGACAACACAUUUAUGCAUUCUGGUAUUGGUGGAGCAGCAGCAGGAAAGAAGAACCGGACCUGGAAGAAUCUCAAACAGAUUCUGGCAUUGGAGCGGACUUUACCCUGGAAGCUCAGUGACCCCAACUACUAUAACAUCGAUGCUCCUCCCUCCCUGAAACCAUCCAAGAAAUACUCAGACAUUUCUGGACUCCCUGCAAACUACACAGACCCUCAGACGAAGCUGCGCUUCACGUCCUCUGAGGAGUUCUCCUACAUCCGUCUCCUCCCCACCGAUGUCGUUACAGGCUACCUGACCCUUCGAAAGGCGACAUGCAUUGUACCGUGACAUCUGAGCAAUGCUUGAAAUCAUAAACAGGUUCAAACCAGUUCUUAGCUGUUAAGAAAACUGCUGGUCCAGCGAUGAGAGAGAGGUGACUUCUUUCAAGGAGCCAACCCAACUUUGAAUAUCAGAGAAAAAAAACAAACAAACUCUCCUUGAGCCAAAGGUGCGAGUGCACAACGCUUGCACUAGGAAGGCAGUCCGAGUCGUAAUUGUUGCUGUGUGACAAAAAAGAUUCAGAAAGAGAGAUUGAUGAUUUUGUGUUAGACAUGUUGCUGUCAAGAAGUUUUGUUGGGUUCUUGAUGAUCUAAUGUCACCAGGCAGACUGUGUGUGUGUGUGUGUGUGUGUGUGUGUGUGCGUGUGUGUGUGUGCGCUUGUGUGUGUGUGCGCGUGUGAGUGAAUGCUUGAUGGUUGCACCAGGUAUUCAUUCUUCCUUCCUAAGGAAGGUUUGGAAACUGCUUGGGAGGUAUAUAUUAUGUCAAGUAUCACGUGUAAAAGUAUAUUUGUUUCCUGUUAUGUGAAUAAAGGAGAAAUAUUUUUGACCAACCCAUCAGA